AUGGAACAGGCUAUUGAAAAAAAGAGACUAAAGAUUGGAUAUAAACUUUCUAUAUGUGGAGCACAAAUUAUUGGCGAUAGAGUCGCUCAAUCACCGUUAAGCAUUAAAGAUAAUAGUACUAUGCUUUCCAUAACUACGAAUGGUUGCUUACCUGCUCGAUGGGAUACUAAAUUAGGGUAUCAAAAGAAAAAGCUCAUUAUAAGAACACUUCCUACGAUAUUCGAUGAUGGUGGUCUUGUGCCUGCACUUGAUAUAGUUGUCUGUAGAAAAAUGCCAAUUCUUUACAGCGAAUCAUUGCCUAAUGGCACAAUUGUAACACGAACUGCAAAAGAAGAAGAAGAAGUCCGGCGUAUGGCGCAUGGAUAUGGUCACUAUGGUGGCCUUCAUAGACAAAGUAGUUGCAUAUCAAUUCCAAACUUUAGAACUGAUCAAAGGACAAGCAAUACACCCCAUUUAGAUAGGACUUUAAGUGAACCAAGGAGUUUUGAAGAUCGACGGGUUUCAGGCUAUUUUAAAAUUCGUAUAUGUGACUCUAAUUCUCUCUCUAAUCGACAUUGGGCAACCUUAUUAUUGUCAAAUGCAAAUGAAUUAAAUCAUCUUGAUAUUGUAGAAGGGAAUCGAUACAAGAUCUUCUUUGUGAUGCCAUAUCAACCAAAAAAUAAAAAAUAUUUAGGACUCGAUUUAAAGACUACACGUAUGACUCGAUGGGAACCAGUUCCUAAUAUUAAUAUCACAAAUACAUAUAUACCAAGAUUUUUAACUGAAUGUAAAGAUAUCCGUCAUCAAGAUACGAUUUCUGAUUUUGAUCUUGUUAUUUUAAUAUUACAAAUUGGAACAGCAACAUUAGAGCACUUGAAUGGUCGAAAGUUAUGGCACCAAACCCUUCUUGUCACUGAUGAAAGUGAAGGUAUUUGUCAAAUAGACCUUAAGCUUCCUUUCAAUCCUAUUCCAGAUAUCAAAGGACAAGUUAUUGGCCUAGUAAAUGUACGAUACGAGACUUAUGACAGUAAAUUUGAUAUUACAUGUUUAAAAGCAACAGAUGAAACUGAAGUAUUAUCUAAAGCCUCAUCCGCAGCUGAAUAUAUGCAAAAAGGCCUUUCAAAACUUCGAAACUGGGUCCAAUCAAAUCCAGAUCGUAUUCAUACAAUAACAGAGCGUAUACAAAAUCUAAUUCAAUAA